UUGGCUACUCUUUUUGGUAAUAGAUUCCACCAGCGCAAACCAGUGUAACAAAGAGUAUAUGAGUAUCGAAAAGCAAAACACCAAGCUAUACAUACAAAUGACAAAGAUCAUCAAAACAACUGUGACGACUGAAAACACUUGACCAAGUAGGUUAUUAACAAAUUAUUGCUUUACAAUUAUAUUGAAAACCAAAAUUGUGUUUGAUUAUACUUAGAAAAGUGCAAAAACCUGCAAGAGAACAUAUCUACCUGGAAAUAAAAGCAGGAAAAUUGUCUAAUUAACUCGGAUAAAGUCCAGGAUUGAUUGCUUUCGGAAUUCAAGACCAUCAUAACCUAUUUUUUUACGUACGAUAAUGAUGAAUCUAUUGGGGCGUCCCGACAUUGAGGGGGGCGAAGUAUUUGUGAAUUUUAAUCAAAAUGUCACAUCUUUGGCAGUAGCUACAAGAUCUGGCUAUAAUUUAUACAGUCUCAGCUCGGUUGAUUUAACUUUGGAUAAAUUAUACAGCUGCCACACGGAUGAGAUAUUCCUCAUCGAGCGUCUUUUCGAAAGUUCGCUGGUUGCUAUUGUCUCUCAACGCUCUCCGAGGAAAUUGAAGAUUUGCCACUUUAAGAAACAGAACGAAAUUUGUAAUUAUUCAUAUUCAAACACCAUAUUAGCUGUUAAAUUGAAUCGAGAACGAGUGAUUGUCUGCUUGGAAGAGAGUCUUUACAUUCAUAAUAUCCAGGAUAUGAAAGUAGUGCAUACGAUACGUGACACUCCAUGCAAUUUAAACGGUCUUUGUGCGCUCUCUUCAUCAUCAGAGCACUGUUAUUUGGCUUACCCGGGAAGCGUUACGUCUGGAGAAGUACAGAUUUUCGAUGCUAUAAAUUUGCAUGCCAAAACGAUGAUACCUGCUCACGAUUCACCAUUAGCAGCACUGGCUUUUAGCCAGUCUGGUACUGAGAUCGCCACUGCUAGCGAGCGUGGUACUGUAAUUCGAGUGUUUUCGUCACUUGAUGGAACAAAACUGUUUGAAUUGCGCCGUGGUCUUAAGCGUUGUGUUGCUAUUGCGUCACUUUCAUUUAGUACGUGCUCUGGAUACUUAGUUUCUAGUUCAAAUACUGAAACGGUACAUAUUUUCCGUUUGGAUCGAUCGGCUGCUGAACAGACCGAAUCUAAGCAAUCGCCAGACGACUGGAUGGGUUACUCCCUUUUUAGGUAUCUCAGCAAAACUGUGACUAGUUAUCUGCCCACACAAGUAACGGAUGUAUUCAGCCAAGGACGUGCAUUUACGUCGGUAACAUUGCCCGAACCUGGUAUUCGACGUAUGUGUGCGAUUACAACAAUACAAAAACAGCUAAGACUUUUGGUGGCUUCACAAGACGGUUACUUGUAUGUGUACUCCAUUCCCUCAAUUGAAGGAGCUGAAUGCCAGCUUAUUAAAAAGCAUGAUAUACGCCUUGAUGACUCCUAUGCAAUGGAUAUUAAAGUUGAUUCACCGCAACCGCUGGGAGGUACUGGUGCAGUAGUUACUGAACGUGCGACUGAAGAAGAUACAUCUAAACAGAAUACAGCCGGUGGGGCAACUUAUGCUUCUGCAGUAAAAGGCGAAGAAAAGGCAACACUGACUUAGAUAUGUCGCACGUUUAAAUAUUCGCUGUUACCACCAUGAACUUCAUAACCUAUAUAAGUCUGUCAAUGAACGAAGUUUUUAACAAAAAAUAUUAAGGAAAUUCGAAUGGUUUUUUUUUGUCGCAAUGUGAUGCAGUUUUUCCUUGUAUAUACUUAGGGCAGUGCACACAAUUUUAUAUAAUUUACAAUUUCCAAACAUUUAUUUCCAUUUUAUGUAAAAAAUGUAUCUAGUGCUGGUAUUGAUUUCAGAUGUCGUUAGUGUUUACUUCUUAGGUUUUUACUUCUUAGAUGUUAAUAAUUGAUUACCUAUUUUAAAUUUGAGAUUGGAAACUAGUUUAAAAGGGCGGGAGGGGGGUGCAGGUAAGUAAAACCAAUUGAGAAUAAUGCCUACAUAAUAGAUUUAAAACUGAAUACAAUUUCUUUAUAGAAAAUGUUUUUUUAUCAAUAUUAUUUGUUUUUCUGUUGCAUAUAAAUAUAUGUAUGUCUGUGUUUAUUUUCAUUUUUAUUAACAUAAAUAAUGUUUGCAUUUGCAAUAAUAAAUGUGAAACUUCAAAGUAUCGGCAAGAGAAGAACAAAUAAAAAAAAUUAGUUUUAGAUGUAAGAAAUCAUGUUUUAGUUUAUUUAAAUAAAAAAAAAAUUAAACAAAUAUUAAAUAGAA